UUGUUUAAUGAAACUAUGUUAUAGUUACCAAAAUCAAAUAAAUUGAAACUAAUAAUUAAGUAUAAACAAACCAAUAGUACCUAAUAAGUGUAUUAUUAUAGAAAUAUACUAUUUUUAACGUUAAUAACAAUUGUAUUCUAUUGUUUAAGAUUUAUUUGUAUUUUAGAAAGAAAUUUAUAAUGCAGACUAUUGAAGAAUUGUAUAAUUUGUAACCUUAUAUAUAAUUAUAAAUAAUUAACUUAAAAAAUUCUAAUACCAUGGAAAAAUCUGCUGAAGAUAAUUUGUAUCAAGCAAUUCUGAUAGAAGAUCUGGAAGCUGUUUCUCAUUUAUUAAAACAAGGUGCAAAUCCAAAUAAAACUGCCAGUCAUGGCAAAACAUGUCUAGGAGAAGCAGCAAAUGUUGGCAAUGUUAGCAUUGUAAAAUUACUCAUAGAUGCUAGCAGAACUAAUCCUUCAAAUAUAAAUUCACAUAGUGGGGUUUCACGUAAAAGACAUACAAAAUCGCAGAAAAGAAAGUUGAGGCAUGAUGGACAACAUGAUGAAACUAUUGUAAAGUGUAAAAAUAUCAGUGAGAGAAGUUUGAAGGAUUAUUACUGUAAUAUUGGUGCCCUACAAGAGAGUAACAGUAUUGAAAAAAAUCAGGGUUACUUUGUUUUUAUACACAGUGAGGGUUCCAGUAGUGAUGAAAGCAAAAUGUCAAGUUUAAGGUCUCCUUUGAGCCCUACUACCUUAACACCCUCCCCUCAAGCUGAUCUUGAGUGGGAUGAGGAUAUAGGUAAUGUUGCACCAACUACCAGUGAAGAUGAAACAUGGUCUUCUAUGUAUAAGUGGUAUGCAGCUAUACUGGAAUGUACAGGAGCAGCUAUAGCAGCCGCUUCGGUAGUAACAAAUGGUAUUGAUCAGCAAGACACUUUUAUGAGAACAGCUUUACAUUAUGCAUCAGAACAGGGCCAUGUGGAAGCUGUAAAGUUGUUAGUAGAUGCAGGAUGUAAAGUUGAUGUAGCAGCAAGUGAUGGACUAACACCUUUACAUGUAGCAGUUAUAAGGAACCAUUUAGAAAUAGUCAAAAUCCUAUUAGAAAAAGGCAGCCAUGUAAAUUAUAAAACCCAUGAAAAAAUGACGCCACUCCAUUUUGCAGCAUCAAGGGGUUUUUUAGAUUUGGUUAAAAUUUUAGUCAAUAAUGGAGGGUAUUUAGAAGCGAGAGAUACAAAUGAACGUUCAGCCCUCUACUUGGCUGCAGGACGAGGUCAUGUUGAUGUAGUCAAGUAUCUUAUAUCUUCAGGAGCUAAUGUGAAUGGCGAAGAAAUUCAUGGAUAUACUCCUCUAUGUGAAGCAGUAUGGCAAAGAUAUACAAAGGUUGUUGAAGUAUUACUAGCGUCGGGUGCGCGCAUAACUCAUUCUCAUAAGUUAUUGCAUAAUGCUAUAAUACAGAGACAGGAGGAGAUAGUGAAAAUGCUUGCUAAUCUUGGUGGAGGUAUAAAUUUACAUAAUGAUAACGGCGACACGCCGCUACUAUUGGCGGCGCGUUUGUCACAACCCAGUGUUGCACGAGUAUUACUUGAAAAAGGUGCAAACGUUAACGCAUGUAACAGCAUAACAGGUGCAAGUUGUUUACACAUUGCUGUUGAAAGCAUAGACUGUCCAAAGGAAUUUGAAGAAUUGCUUGUCUGUUUAUUAGAUUAUAAAAUAGAUACAAAUUCAACUGCUCUAACUGGUGACACGGCAUUAAAUAGAGCGUUACUAUUACAUAGAGACCAUGCGGCAGUGUUACUAAUAAGACAUGGUGCGGAUGUGAAUGCUUGCGAUUUACAUUCGUGUGGUCUGGAUAAUUUAUCUAUUGCAAUUAGAAAAAAAUCACCAAAUCUUGCUGCCAUGUUGUUGAAGGCAGGGCAUUGUACAAUGCCAGAUUAUACUACCAAUGUUCCUAAAGCAGGGACUACGGCUUAUUGGCUCUACCAUACUUCAAAACAGCCACUAAACUUAUCUGACCUGUGUAGAAUAAAUAUUAGACAUUCAUGUAGAAAUACGAGACUGUUUUCUUUUAUAGAAAAUUUGCCUUUACCAAAGAGCUUAAAAAUAUUUUUAAUGAUGGAAGACGAAGGUCUAUGAUAAAGUAGUAAGUAGAAAUUUUUAAUUGACCUAAAAUAUAUUAUGUAUGAUCAUGUUAAAUUAUGUAUUCUAGAAAUAAAAAUAAACUAAUGUUACAAAUAAUUAUUUUAUUUAGUACAAAGAUACAGUCAGUACAAAGGUGUUUAUAAGUGAUAAUACAAAAUAUAUAUAUUGAUUAAGAACAUACACUUCUCGUACAAAUACAUUUCUGUGCUAGUCCACUAAGUGGAUACACUUAUUUACACACACGUCAAAAUAUUGACAUAAUUUAAAUAAAUGAGCUGCUACCUAAGGCUCACGAGUAUUGUGUAUAAUGAUAAUAAUCUAUACUAUAUAAAAAAUGACAUAACAUAAUUUUUGAUCGUUGGCCGCUAUAAUAAUUUGUAUCUGGGUAUCUCAAACUUGUGGCAUCACAUAUUCUUAUUAAUUUGCCAGUUUUUUAAGGAGGAACUUAAAAAUGCAAUACAAUAAACUCUUAUUAAAAAGACGUAUAAAAGAGUCAAGUUACUGUAAUAAAAAUGGUGUCCCUUGAGUGGCAAGUGUGCACCUCUUUGUCUUAGAUGAUCCGAAUAUUAGGUUUAUAGUCCUAAAUGGUCGAUCGUAGUACCCAAGUUGAGUUUAUGGA